GAACCACAGUGCAGGACUUUAAAAACUGAUGUUCUGCAACACCUUUUCAAGACAUACUCUCUCAUCACUAACACCCUCACACACUUCUAUGAGCAGUGCAAACAUGAACGGUAACUUUGACAACACGUCUCCUCCAGUGUUUAUGGUGGAUUCUGGUGGAGGUUAUCCUAAACAGCGUCAGUAUUACCACGAGCAGGUGCAUGGACGGACAGAUCCAGUUCUGGUACCCUGCUGGACAUUUCCCCCAGCCCGAGCUGAGGAUAAGAGAAGGGGCUGUGGGGGAAUGAAUGUCGUGAUCACAUGGAUACUGGCUUUGAUACUCCUGUUGGUUUUUGCAGCCCUGGGACUGGGAGCCUACCAGAUACUGAGGUUGCAGUCUGAAUUGGAAAGGCUGACACAGAAAAUACCCACACAAAUUCAGAGCUUUGUUCCACAGAGACAAGUUGGCCUAAAACCAGCAGAGUUGGACAAGACCAAACGAAAGGUAGCUGCACACCUAAUAGGCUAUGCAGACCAGAACAAAUCAUCUAGAACUCUGAAAUGGGAAGUGAGACAUGGUGAGGCCUUCACAGAUGGCGUCAAGUACAUCAACGGUGGCCUUCAAGUCAAUGAGACUGGUCUGUACUUCGUUUACUCCCGCGUGGAGUUUGUUGCAAGCACUUGCAAUCCCAAAGACUCUCUUACUCACACUGUCUUUGUUAAAAGAAAUAGCAAUGAGAGGACAAUCAUGGAAGAUCAUCGUGAUGGCUUCUGUUUGGCGGGGAGCAAGCAGCCGUGGACUGCAGGCAGUCAUCUUGGCUCUCUUCAACAUCUCAAGCAGUUCGACUGGCUGUUUGUCAAUGUGUCACACCCCCAUCUGCUCAGCACCAACUAUCAUCAUAGUUAUUUUGGCCUCUUCAGGAUCCACUGAUCAUGUAGGUCCUGAAGGUGAAGAUUAGGGGAUGCUUAGGAAGGAUAUAGAUCAUGACAUUAGGUUUAGAUUGUGAGUUAGAGUAGAGAUCAGUGCUCUUUUUUGGACUCUUUCUACCCUGCUUAAAAGACCAGAUGCUGGUCCCCAGCAUGGGAUGAUGGUAUGCUGAUGUUCCUCAUGGUCUUUUCAGCUGGGUAGUCUACCCUGAGCUCCCCUGUGCUUCAUCAGAAUCUAUGCAUUCAUUGCAGUGCAACCUAUCUGCUUGUCAUUGUCAAAUUAUAUUUUACUUUGAUCAGAAUGUAUCAUUGUCCAUGUGCAAUAAGUGCGUUUGGUAUACAAAAAAGAUUUGAUGUUUCAGAUUGAAUUAACACUAAUAUGCUGCUGUAUCAAAAAAAGUUAAAUAUAGAUUAAAUAUAAGUAUUUAUUUAUUUUCUUCAAUAACAGCCUGUGGGUAAAAAGUCUGAUUGUGUACUAUUGUGAACAAUGGUCAUAUUGACUGAUAAUGAGUGAUAAUGAUUAAUGGAUGUAGUCAAUACAACUUUUAAUAAAAAAAAAAAAAAAAAAUACUGAUGUUGAUUUCAACCAAAACUGCAUGUGAACAAAGAGAG